GCUUGCUCUUGUAACAAAGGCAAAAGAACCUGAGUGUAUCUUACAAGGAAAACCAGGGAAUCCACAACUUUCAAAAGAAGGUGAUGUUAUUAUUGGAGGAAUCUUUUCAUUUCACAGUAGUUGGGAAGGUUUAAAGGCUAACUUUACAACUAUGCCAGAAGUAGUGAAAUGUAAAGAUUUAAAUUUUAGGGACUUCCAAUUUGCACAGACAAUGAUCUUCGCAAUAGAAGAAAUAAAUAACAGCUCUGAUAUACUACCUGGAAUUUCUAUGGGAUACAAAAUUUUUGAUUCUUGUGGUUCAAUAACACUGUCGAUAAAAUCGGCAAUGACUCUAAUGAAAGACCAGGAGGAAGAACAGAGCAACAUAUCAUGCAAAAAGCAAAAUACUGUUCAUGCAAUCAUUGGAGAGUCGGCAUCUACACCUACUAUUGCAAUUUCAUCAACAACUGGACCUUUUCACAUACCUGUGAUCAGCCAUUUUGCUACAUGUGCAUGUCUUAGCAAUAGGAACGAGUUUCCUGCUUUUUUCAGAACUAUACCAAGUGAUUACUAUCAAAGCAGAGCCUUGGCACAGCUUGUAAGACAAUUUGGAUGGACCUGGGUAGGAGCAAUAAGAAGUGACAAUGAUUAUGGCAACAAUGGAAUGGCAACAUUUGUGCAGGUUGCACAACAAGAGGGUGUCUGUAUCGAGUACUCUGAGGCUUUUUCCAGAAAUGAGCCUAGAGAUAAAAUUCUAGCACUAGUAGGAGUCAUCAAGAAAUCAUCAUCAAAGGUUGUGGUAUCUUUUACAUACCAUUUAGACAUGGCAGUUUUAUUAAAAGAGUUAUCCCUACAAAAUAUUACUGGUUUACAAUGGAUAGGCAGUGAAUCCUGGAUUACAGAUAAAUAUCUUGCAUCUGGAGAUGGUUUUAAAGUUCUUGGAGGAGCAAUUGGAUUUUCAAUUCCCAAUGCUGAAAUAUUAGGCCUGAAACAGUUUCUACUUAAGGUUCACCCCUCAGAUUCACCAGGCAACACUUUUUUGAAAGAGUUCUGGGAAACCGUUUUCAAAUGUACUCUACCCAAUAAAAAUGAAACUGAUGUUAUUAACCCAUGCUCAGGUUCAGAAGAUUUGGGAGAAAUAAAAAAUCAGUUCACAGAUGUUUCUGACUUGCAGAUUUCAAACAAUGUAUACAAAGCAGUAUAUGCCAUUGCCUAUUCACUGCAUCAUCUGUUUCGCUGUAAAAAUUAUGAUACUCAUCCUGACAAUAUGACUUGUGCAAAUCUAACAAGCAUCCAGCCAUGGCAGGUGCUACACUCUUUACAAACAGUUAAUUUCACUACAGCAAAUGGAGAAAGUGUCUAUUUUGAUAAGAAUGGAGACCCUGCAGGCAUAUAUGAACUAGUAAAUUGGCAGUGGAGUAAAGAUGGAGGGACUGAAUUUAUCACAAUUGGUUAUUAUGAUGCAUCAUUGCCAAAGGGACAAGAAUUUAAAAUGAACAAUAAAAGCAUGGUGUGGACUGGAAAUCAAAAACUGGUGCCUAAAUCAGUGUGCAGUGAGAGCUGCCCUCCAGGAACUCGAAAAGCUGUCCAGAAAGGAAAGCCAGUCUGCUGCUUCGACUGUCUACCAUGUGCUGAAGGUGAAAUCAGCAAUCAGACAGAUGCCAUUGACUGUAUAAAAUGUCCUAUUGAAUACUGGUCGAACAAAAAAAGGAGUCAGUGUGUCUUCAAAGAGAUUGAGUUUUUGCAGUUUACAGAAAUAAUGGGCAUACUAUUAGUUAUACUCUCUCUGCUUGGUAUAUUUUUAACUAUAAUUAUUGCAACUAUAUUUUACUACUACCGACAUACUCCAGUGGUAAAGGCAAACAAUUCUGAACUCAGUUUCCUUCUUUUAUUUUCAUUGGCUUUGUGUUUUCUUUGUUCUCUUACUUUCAUUGGCCAGCCCUCUGGAUGGUCCUGUAAGCUACGUCAUACAUCAUUUGGCAUAACAUUUGUGUUGUGCAUCUCUUGUGUUUUGGGGAAAACAAUAGUGGUGUUAAUGGCAUUUAGAGCCACCCUGCCAGGAAAUAACUUAAUGAAAUGGUUUGGACAAACCCAGCAGCGUUUAAGUGUUUUUAUUUUAACACUUGCUCAAAUCAUUAUCUGUGCUGUAUGGUUAAUAUCAUCUCCUCCAAUCCCUAUCCAAAAUUUGAAAUAUUACAAAGAAAAAAUAAUUUUAGAAUGUAAUGUAGGAUCUGAUGUUGCCUUUUAUGCUGUUUUAGGGUAUAUUGGGGGACUUUCUUUACUUUGCUUUGUUCUUGCAUUUCUGGCUCGUAAGUUGCCAGACAACUUUAAUGAGGCUAAAUAUAUUACAUUCAGCAUGCUGAUAUUCUGUGCUGUUUGGAUCACCUUUAUUCCAGCUUACAUCAGUUCACCUGGUAAGUUUACUGUAGCUGUAGAAAUAUUUGCUAUUUUAGCUUCAAGUUACAGUCUGCUUUUUUGCAUUUUUUCACCAAAAUGUUAUAUAAUCCUUUUACAACCUGAAAAGAAUACAAAAAAACAUUUAAUGGGUAAGACUCCAUAA